AUGAAUUCAUCUCAGAAAGCCAGUUACCAUGCAGGACAGGCUAAGGGCCAAACUCAGGAGAAAGCUAGCCAAAUGAUGGACAAAGCUAGAGACACUGUCCAAUCUGCUCAGCAAUCCAUGCAGGAGACUGGCCAGCAGAUGAAGGCUAAGGCUGAAGGAGCUGCAGAUGCUGUGAAAGAUACUUUUGGAGCAAACAAUUGA